UUCAUACCUCUUACAAAUAAGACAAAUUCGAAAAAAAAAUUAUAUAAAUAAAAAACUCCUAGUCCAAUAUUAAAAAAAGAAAUACCAUUUUUCCUAUAUUUAUACAUGUUUCUCUACUCUCAAUAAACUGGAAAACUCCUCAGCACAUUCGUCUUUUCCAUUUUUAAUAUAUUAAGAAGCCAUUGAAGCUCAAAGCUUGUCUUGACCAUUAUACUAAUUCUUUGUUUUAGCCCUUUUCGUUGUUUAUCUAAUACUCCACACUGUAUUGGGUUUACGUUUUUCUAACUCUGAAGCUCAACAACUCAUCUUGAUCAUCACAGGCAGAAAACUACUUCUGAUUAAGGUACUACCAUCCAUGGAUUCAGGACUCAAUCAGCCUCAUUUUGUUAUGAUACCCUUAAUGUCUCCAGGCCACCUCAUACCAAUGAUGGACAUGGCUAGGCUAUUAGCUCAACAUGGAACGAUGGUCACCAUUGUCACCACACCACUCAAUGCCAUCAAAUUCAAAUCCAUGAUUGAAAGAGCAAGAAAGUCCAAUCUUCAAAUCCAGAUUCUCACACUCCCAUUCCCAACUUUGGAAGCUGGCUUACCAGAAGGGUGUGAAAACAUGUCCCAGCUAUCCACACGUAACUUGAUCAAGAAUUUUUAUGAAGCCACUAACAUGUUGCAGAAACCAUUUGAGAACUUGCUUCGAAGCUUGGAUCCUCCAGCGAGUUGCAUAGUGUCAGGUAAGAAUCUUGGAUGGACAGUUGAAACAUCUCGAAUGUUUAAGAUUCCAAGGAUCUUUUUUGAUGGAAUGGGAUGUUUUUCUUUCUCAUGCACGAAUAGAUUAGAGACUAGUGGAGUACUUGAGAAUAUUUCUAAUUCAGAGCCCUUUUUGAUUCCUGGAUUGCCUCAUAGUGUGGAGUUGACUAAAGCCAAACUACCUGAGAAUCUUCAUCCGGGAUCAGCAGACUUGACUGAGGCUCGAAACAAAAUGAGAGCAGCUGAAGCUGUCUCAGAUGGAAUUGUUGUUAAUACUUUUGAAGAGUUGGAAGGAGAAUAUUAUGUCAACGAGUAUAAGAGGGUGAAGGGAGGCAACAUAUGGUGCAUUGGACCUGUUUCGGGUUAUAACAAGUCUGAGUUAGACAAGGUUGAGAGAGGUGAAAUGGCUUCCAUUGAUGUAAACAAGCUCUUGAAAUGGCUGGACUCAUGGGAACAAGGCUCAGUCAUUUAUGCUUGUCUUGGUAGCAUUUGCGGACUCAAAGAAAGGCAGCUUAAAGAGCUUGGUUUAGGCUUAGAAGCAUCAGAGAGCCCAUUCAUUUGGGUGGUAAGAGGAGGUGAGAAAUCAGUUGGCUUGGAGAAAUGGAUUUCGGAGGAUGGAUUUGAGGAGAGGACAAAGGGAAGAGGCCUUGUAAUUCAUGGUUGGGCACCACAGUUGAUGAUACUGUCUCAUCCUGCAAUUGGAGGAUUCUUGACACAUUGUGGUUGGAAUUCGACUCUUGAAGGUGUAGGAGCCGGCGUGCCAUUGAUAACAUGCCCGUUGUUCGCAGAGCAAUUCUUCAAUGAAAAAUUGGUUGUGGAGGUGUUGGGGAGUGGUGUGAGUGUAGGAGUUGAGGCUGCUGUUACAUGGGGUUUGGAGGACAAGUCCGGUUUGGUAAUGAAAAGAGAGAAUGUGAAAAAUGCUAUAGACAAGUUAAUGGAUAAAGGAAAAGAAGCUGAGGAAAGAAGAAAGAAAGCAAGAGAGCUUGGUGAAAUGGCCAAAAGAGCAAUAGAAGAAGGUGGAUCUUCUUACCUUAACAUGGGAAUAUUAAUCCAAUAUGUGAAAAAACAACAAUUGCUUACGCUUGAAAAUGACAUCAAGUCUAGUUGAUGUAUGGAACAUAGACUACAAACCCCUUAUAAUUUGUUUCUAUAUUUUUGUUAGUUCAUGUUUUUCUGCAUUCCUCGAAUGUCGAUGUAUAUAAUCCUAGUAAUCUCUUUGCCAAGGAAAGCCUAUUAAUAUUUGAAA